AUGUCAGUGCUGCUGGAAACCUCUGCAGGUGAUAUCACCGUCGAUCUCUACAUCAAUGAUGCACCGCGAUGCUGUGAGAAUUUCCUGAAACUCUGCAAGAUCAAAUAUUACAACUAUUCGCCCAUCUACAAUGUCCAGGCGAACUUCUCGUUCCAAAGCGGCGAUCCAAUAGGACCCGAAUCUAAAGACAGCGAUGGAGGCUGCUCGAUCUGGGGCUUGCCUGAUGGAACCACCAAGCGUCCAAGCAGAGCGCAAAACGCUACAUUUCAACCAGAAUUCUCCAGAAAGAGGAAGCAUGGCGAGCGUGGUACAUUGAGCAUGGCAACUACGGUCUCCAAAUCAAAUCCCGACGACAGGCUCGCAAGCAGUCAAUUCAUCAUCACACUUGGGGACAAUAUCGAUCAGUUAGAUGGCAAGGCAGCGAUUUUUGGCGAGGUGGUCGAGGGAUUUGAUGCGCUUGAAAAGAUAAACACAGCCUUUGUCGACCAAAGUGGCCGACCUCUCCAGGAUAUUCGCAUUUUACAUACCGUCGUCCUAGACGACCCUUAUCCUGAUCCGUCAGGCAUGGUAGACCCACCUGGAAGUCCUGUACCCUCUGCGGAGCAACGUGCCACGGUACGCAUCGCGCACGAUGAGGUUCUGGCAGAAAACACAGAUCCGGAGAAAUUGGAGCAGAUCCGGAGGGAGCGUGAAGCAAGAGCUCAGGCACUCACGCUUGAGUUGAUUGGCGAUUUACCAUUCGCCGAUGUCACACCCCCCGAGCAGAUCCUCUUCGUGUGUAAAUUGAAUCCUGUCACGCAAGACGAAGACCUCGAACUCAUCUUCUCCCGCUUUGGCAAGAUCCUCUCAUGCGAGGUCAUCCGUGACAAGAAGACCGGCGAUAGUUUGCAGUACGCUUUCAUCGAAUUUGCCACAAAAGAAGACUGUGAGCGGGCAUACUUCAAAAUGCAGGGCGUUUUGAUUGAUGACCAUCGCAUCCAUGUGGACUUCUCUCAGAGCGUUUCCAAAAUCUCCGCCGAGUGGCGUAGCAACACUAAGUCGAAGACUGCGAGAUAUCGUGGUGGCUUUGGCGGUAUUGAUGGGUUAGAAAAGCGGCAGCAAUACCGCGACAGCGGUUCUGAUCGUGACCGCCGACGCCAUUACGACUAUGUGUUCGAUAAAAAGGACAAAUCUCGGAGCGACGACGCCCGGCCCGCCGACCGUCCGAGUGAUUCUAGAAGACAGCGGUCUCGUAGUCGCAGUCCAAAACGACGUUCAGAUCGGUACGCAGACGACAGAAGAGAUCACCGACGUUCGGACGAUUACCGCGACGACCGUCGCCGCCCAUCGGAUCGCGAGCGACAUCGAGAUAGUCGUGAUAGCCGUGAUAGCCAUAGGAGAUAA